UCCCUCUCCCUCCUGCUCUGUCUCUCUCUCUCUCUUUCUCUCUCUCUGUUUCUCCUUCUUCUUCUUCUUUUUCUCUUCUCUCUUCUUUCUCUCUGUCUUUUGUUUCUCUCUUUCUCUCUUCCUCUCAGUGGGUCCUGGACAUUUUGGCCGCCUGUGUGCACACCUCCAUACGCCACGCUCUCGCACAAGAUCGUCCAGCUGCUGCGCUCAAGCCAGGACACAAACACUCCACACCGGCUGCAGAAAUGGCAAUGAGCAGCAUUCUGAACGCUGAUGACAUUAAGAAAGCUCUGGAUGCAUUCAAAGCCGCUGACUCAUUUGACCACAAGAAGUUUUUUGAGAUAGUGGGGCUGAAGGCAAAAUCAGCUGAUGACGUGAAGAAGGCGUUCCAUGUCCUGGAUGCUGACAACAGCGGCUUCAUAGAGGAGGAGGAACUUAAGUUCGUGCUGAAGGGUUUCGCGACUGAUGGAAGAGACCUGACUGAUAAGGAAACCAAAGCCUUCCUACAGGCAGCUGAUAAAGAUGGAGAUGGCAAGAUUGGAGUGGACGAGUUUGCUGCUCUGGUCCAUGAGUGAAUGGGCCCAUCCUGGCUGGCCGAUGCCCUCAAAAUCCAACAACCCUGAACACACCCUAACACACACUGCCCCAUCCCACACACACACUUCCUCUCACAUUAUUCACACACACGCAUAGCCUCACUCACUGCUGACACACACGCCCUGUUCACCGCAGUUCACACAAUCCUUUAACCCUACACUCCACAAACCCUGAGCACAGCGCACACAAACUAGGGGCAUGCGCAUACACACACGUACACACACACACACACACACACACACACACACACACACACACACACACACACACACACACACACACACACAC